AGACAGCAGAUAACGAGAGCAGAAAGAGAGAGAGAGAGAGAGAGAGAGAGAAAAGCGAGAGAGAAAGAGAGAGAGCAGAGAGAGAGAGCAGAGAGCAGAGAAAAGCAAGAGAGCAGAAAGCAGAGAGCAGAGCACACAGAGAGAGCAGAGAGCAGGGAAAAGAGAGAGAGCAGAGAGAGAGCAGAGAAAAGAGAGCAGAGAGUUGAGAGAGCAGAAAGCAGGCAGAGAGAGAGAGAGAGAGAGAGAGAGAGAGAGAGAGAGAGCACAAAGAGAGAGAGAGAGAACAUGAUCACGUUCACCAAGUAG